GUUUUUCGGCGCGUGAUAUAUUUAACUUAUUUGUAAUGUCCAGUAUUUUCAUGUCAACUGUGUAAACCACAACUAUCAGACUGAUUCACGAUUUAAAUAAUACUGCAGUACUGACAUAUUCCGGAACUGAAAUCGGUUCUUCACAAGCGGAGAAUACAUCAAGCUAAUUUUCUGCUGUGUAUGUGAAUUAUGGAAUAUAAGGACUACGUGAAGAGCCCACUUGUAGUUUUUGAUCAGGUUCAUGGUGGCUCUGAAGAACAUAACAAAAUCGAUUUCCUAGUUGAGAUACAAAAUGUUCUGCAGAAUCAUUCCUCUAAGGUUCCAUUAUUUGGGAACGUGUCCUUAGAACAAAUUCCUGAUGGACAUUUGGUGCGCGUUGUUGGAAUGGUUCAGGAUAUGUUCAAUGCAGAGUUGUUUAUGGACUCAUUUCGCCUGUCGGCAAAUGACAGCACUACCAAGUCUCUUAGGUAUCGGGAUUUCAGCUCUUUUGAAAACAGUGAAGAUGUAAGUCCAAUUGAUGUCAAGUUUUCUGAACGCCAGUCCUUCUACAUAGUACCAGUACCAGGAGAGUCUCCCUGGGUCAAGGAAGUUAGAGUAAAGGAAAGUGAGUAUACUUCGCCAAUUACAACAUCAGGUCAGAAACGUCAUUUAAAUGAACCUACAGAAGUAAUACAUAAGAAGCCAAAAUCCACAGCGAUGGAAACUAAUCCGAAUCAAGUGAAACCUCGUAAACAUUUUCCUUUAAUCGAAGAAGAGAAUAAUGAUCAAAAAAUUGGGGCUUUAUUACGAGUAUAUGAUACAGUACAAACUCAAUUGAAAAUCAAUGAUAUUGUUGAAGUGUUUGGUAUAUUGGAACAUGCACGCCUUUGUGAUGCAUUACCAGAAGAUUCAUGUGAACCAGAAGAGAAAUGUAAUGAACCUCUACCUCGAAUACAUGCUCUUAUAGUUCAUUCAUUAACACAUAAUAAUCCUCUUGUUUGUAAUAAUACUUCAAUUAUAUCAAUUAACAAGAAUGUUAAUGAUAUUCAAUUGAUUCGUAUAAAAUUAAUGCAAAUCCUUACUACAUUAUUUAAUGGUGAUCAAAUUGUAGCUGAAUAUAUACUUUUACAUCUGAUAUCAACCCGCUUAACUAUAGAUUCACAAUAUCCUAAUCAUUUACCAGCUAUGAAUGUGUAUGCCAGUCGUUCCAUCGCGGCAAAAUCAUCAUCAAAUAAUAUUGAUAAGUAUUUACUAUCUGAACUAUACAAUCGUUUGCAUAAUUUCUUACCACAAUUAGUUACACAUUUAGCUACUGUAAACCUUACAAUAAAAUCACUUAAUGAUGGACCAUGUUUAUUCCCUAUUCGUGACAUGAAUAAAGGUCAUUUAAAUCCUGGACGUUUACAGUUACCACAAGGGACUGAAAUACUUAUCAAUGAAUUAGAAAUGGAUUCCGGUCAAUUACAACAGAAAGGCUUAUUAAAUUUUCAAGCUUUAAGUUCUGUAGCUAUUAAUCAACGUUUAUUAUAUGAUUUUCAAUUUUACACACAAGAUUGGGAUACAAAUGUACGAGUACUAAUUCUGUCUAUUGUACCGUCGUUAAUUAAAUCUACUUUAUCAUUACCAUGGGAACCGGAAUCUUUUGACAAUAUAGAAAAUGAUGUUCAUAGCAAUAUUUCUGAAAGUGAAUUAGAUGAUAUGCGUAAAUAUUUGACAGUAUUAUCACUUAGUAAUGAAAAUUAUUCAAUGGAUUCUGAAUUACAAGAGCGAAUCAAUCAAGAUUUUGUUCAAUGGCGCAGGGAUAAGUCAACAUAUAUAGAAGCCGAUGAAUUUGCAGUUAUGCUGUGUUUACUCAGAUUUCAUUGUCUAACUUAUGGAUUGCAAUCUCCCACUCUUGAACAUUGGUUACAUAUUGUUGAAUUGGAAUCAAAACGAAAGUCAAGAAUUGCGUUGUCCAAGCUGCAAACCUCAUAGUACUUAACAAGAAUGCAAAAAUGUAAAAAGAAGUUAGAUUUAAUUAUUGUUCGUGUUAUUUUUUGAUCAAUAAAGUUCCUCUGUUA